AUACCACAACAACCAAAAACACGUCAAAACCCAAGCUAACAAUAUUGUAAGAUUAUAACUUCCAUCAACUCUAAAAUAAUUUACGUUAUUUUAAUUAAUUGCUCUUAUAAAUGUUAUUUACGAUUCUUGCAACUACUAUCAAAAGAAUCUUCCAUAACAUUAUUUAAAAUCAUUGUUUUUUGUGGUUAAAUAUAGAAAUGUCAUAAGAAAUGUAGUUUGAAAAAUACUUAAAGAACACUAGACAAAGGCAGUUAAUUUUAUUAAUUUGAAAUAUAAUAAUAUCGUUGAUCACUGAAUUAAAUACAACAUUGAGAAAGCAAUGCCAGCUGUAACUGUCGGAGCUCCUCAGCGGAGCGAAGAGAUGUAUCAGGCUCUUAAAACUCAUAUUAUCAAGGAGAGACAGAAAAAAAAGCAAGAGCAAGAGGCUGAUGCAGAAACACAGCGUCAGAUAAAAGAAUGGGAAACUCAACAAUUACAGAAUACCAUGACAAUAGGUGAAACCCGUGAUCAAGUUUUGGAAUUGGAACAUGAAUUAGAAUUGUUGAAAAAAGAAAAGCACCAAUUGUUUGUUCAAUUAAAGAAAGUUUUACACGAAGAUGAUAAUAGAAGAAGACUUAUCAAGGAAACAAAUGUGUGCUCUGAACCAAUUCAACAAGUUAAUAGUUAUGUAGAUCCAGCAGCUGGUUUGCAUCCUCAUUUGUAUCUUCCACUCCCAACAAGGAGUCCUCUUUACAAAGUUACUACAGCCACACCUCCUCACACCUUAAUUCCCAGUGGACCUUUGAAACGAUCACAUAGCCCAUCUCCACCCCCAUCAGCUUCAGUUUCAUAUCAUCCUGGAUAUGGGUACAAACCCCCUCCAUCUAUUGCAAGUUAUAUGCCAUCUCAAAAAUCUGAAGAUGCUGUCAGGAGGUCUGGCGAUUCUCGAGUGGUGCUAUGGAAUAAACCAGCAAAUCAAUUUCAUAAUCCUGGAUCCAGUUAUUACGGACCAACAGCAGCACAAUACGACUUCGGACCAUCAACAUCACAACCAAUACAGCGAGUACCAGAACCAAGUAAAUCUGUGUACCUGACUGCUACGCGAGCUCCUCUACCUACUAUCCAAACAGCCACUUACUCAGAAGAUAAAUUCUACCCAAGACCAGGAAGUCACGUAGCAGUUCAUGGAGGAACUAUACCAAUCCAACCACCGCAGGGUGCUAAGACGGGAGGUAUAACAACUGGUUAUCCAGUGAGAGCGCCACAACCCCCUCAAGGGCCGUACCCACCUCCACCGCCGGGUACCUACGUGAACGUAACCGGUGCUACUGUACCAGGACGGCUUUUGUAUACUCAACCAGGACCACGUUAUUUACAGCGGGAUUAGUUAUUUAUUGUAAAAAAAAACAUUUUUUUUUAUUUUGCUGCACUGAUUAACAUUAUUCUGAGGUGGUAUUUUUAAAACGGAAGAUUUUUAAUUAGUUUAUUGUAAAUCUUUUACUUAACUACCAAUUUAUUGAUAGCUAGAGUACAAUAUAUUAUAUAUAGUAUGAUACGCGUGUACAUCUGUAUAAAAAUAUGAA